AUGGCACUCGCCCGCAGACUGGCUGUCCUCCCCGGAGGCCUAGGUGGACUGGGCUCGAGUAUCGGGAAGAAACUGAGAGAGCAAGGGGCCCGCAUUGUCAUUCUGUAUGCGCCCUUUGAAGCGAAGCGUCGCGAUGAGCUGCUCGAGGCUGGCUACGGCGGUACCAACCUGGAUGACAUCCGCACCUAUGAGUGCGAUAUCACGUCGCCUGACUCGGUAGAGUCGGCUUUUGGAUCGUUGCAGAAGGAUAUGGUCGCGCCGGAAUCGUCAUCUCUCAUGGAGAGAGCGUUCCCUAGUAUCUUGAUCAACACGGCCGGUUAUGUGUCGCUCAGCGAUAUGGAGACCACGCCGCCCGAGGAGACCAUGAAACAUCUCACCACCAAUAUCCUCGGCCCAAUGCUCUGCUCGCAGGCCUUUGCUCGACUGUACUUUGCGGCAUCGAAAGCUGCCGAGUCAUCGACCAGUCCGCCUCCGCCUGGGAGAAUCGUGAGCAUCUCCUCGCAGGCUGCCCAUGCCGCUCUUCACCGACAUGGUGCAUACUGUGCGUCCAAGGCUGGACUUCUCGGUCUCAAUCGCAGUAUGGCAUCUGAAUGGGGAGGUCGUGGUAUCACGUCGAAUACUGUGUCGCCUACUGUGGCGUGGACGGCUCUUGGACAGAAGGCAUGGGGUGAGGACUCGGUGCGAGAGGCGUUUUUGAAGACAAUCCCGACAGGCAAGUUUGCGCUUCCCGAGGAGGUUGCCGAUGCGGUAUUGUUUCUGUGCCAGGACUCCAGUGGAAUGAUCAAUGGUGCGGAUAUCCGAGUUGAUGGCGGAUUCACCAUUCGGUGA